UAGUUCUAUAAUCCCAAUCCCCCCAUCGAUCCGCCAGGCUAGCUAGCUCUUCUCCCUAUUCAUCUCUUCAUCUCUACUCGCUGGAAUUCUUGUAGGGUUUGUGCGGAUCAUAUGCAAACUGCUGCUUAAUUGCAGGGGCAGAUAUAGGGUAGACUCGGUUAGGGAGAUGUUCCCAGAUGCCGGUGCAAGCCCAUACUUCCUGCAAAACCAGCAGCACCAGCAGCAGCUGUUCCAUGGUAUCGACGGCAUUGGCAUGGACGCCGCCUUUCCCGGAGACGCCGGGCUGGCGGUGCCCGACACGCACCGCAACACCCUGAUGUACAACAUGUCCGUGCUCAAGGACAAGGUGCAGCAGCUGCAGCCGCUCGUCGGCCGCGGCCAGGUCGUCGACACCGUGGUGCCACGAGCCAGCGCCGUCGUCCAGGAGAUCAUCGCCGCGGCUACAUCCAUGAUGUACGUCCUCCAGCACCCUUACGGCCCCGGCGCGUUGACAUCCGGUAAUAGCGCGUCCACGCGGGAGGGUGCCGUCGACGGCCGUGCAAAGAACGGCACAGCGGAUGAUGACCAAGAUCAGCAGGCCAUGGUCGAUGCCAUGCGUCUGUGGCAGCAGCAGCAGCAGCAGAACCAUGGCGGCGGCCAUGACAUCAGCAUGUCCACGGAGUCAUCGUCGAUGCAAGGGACAACGACGGUGGACACGAUCAUCGAGCUCGACGCGGCCGAGCUGCUGGCCAAGUACACGCACUACUGCCAGGUGUGCGGCAAGGGGUUCAAGCGCGACGCCAACCUGCGCAUGCACAUGCGCGCGCACGGCGACAAGUACAAGAGCAAGGCGGCGCUCGCCAACCCGACCCGGUUGUUCGCGACCUCCGGCGAGGACGCGUCGGCGUCCACCGCCGGGACGGGGAGGAGGAACAAGUACUCGUGCCCGCAGGACGGCUGCCGGUGGAACCGGAGGCACGCCAAGUUCCAGCCGCUCAAGUCCAUCAUCUGCGUCAAGAACCACUACAAGCGCAGCCACUGCCCCAAGAUGUACGCCUGCAACCGCUGCAACCACAAGCACUUCUCCGUCCUCUCCGACCUCCGCACCCACGAGAAGCACUGCGGCGACCACCGCUGGAUAUGCUCCUGCGGCACCACCUUCUCCCGCAAAGACAAGCUCGCCGGACACGUUUCCCUCUUCGCAGGCCACCAGCCCGUCGCGCCACCCGCCAGUGGCAGGCACGGUAAGCGAUCCUUAUUGUCCACGUCCUCCUCCGACCUUGUUGGAAACUGCGCCACCGGCUUCUCCAUUACAUGACUUGCAUUGUGCAGCAAAUUACGCUUGUGAUAUAUUGAUACAUGCACGUACGUACGUGUGCUCAUCAAACUGUAGAUAUAGAUAUAGUGGGGAUUGCACCGAUUACAUCAUGCAUUGUUUGUUUUGAAAAAAGGGAUAAGGCUAUGUAUCAUACCCUGGAAAAUAGGGCGCGUCUCUCUUGCAUAUCAACUAGCCAUACUCCUGUGUUGCCUGCCAUUCUGCCAAGAAUGGGAGAUUUGAUUUCUCAUUGUCCUCGUAUGCGAUAUAAAUUCAU